UAAAAUAUUUAUACUCAACUAAUCAAAAAUCAAGAAAUCAUGUUUUGUAAUGGGACUCUCUAUAUUAUUUUAUAGUCCCUUGAAAGGUAUUUAUAUCAAUUUGCCAAAAUGAUCAUCCUUGUUUAUGGCUGACAGAACCCAUGAAAAUUCAGAGAGUUGCAGAGACAUGCCAUGUGGAUACUUUAUCCAGCAUAUUGCAUCUUAUUCGUGGGGUAAGCGUGUGGCAGUUGGUAGAGGAUCACGAUUUGAUUUGCUCUGGGACCAGAAGGAGGCCUGUUUUAAUCAAGAUGGUAGAAUUCACGUGCAUGAAUUUUUAAAUAUGGUGAGAAGUUCUGCAAAUGGAGAAGAAUCAGUUACUGCCUGCUUAGGUACAGAAGCUGAUGAUCUUAAUCUUGAAGGAUGAAAUUGACUGGAACCUGUCUCCAGAGCACAAUUUUGGUUCUGGUAAGCCCAUCUUUGAAGACACUGCUAAUGAAUCUAACAAAGUCCAGUGGUUGGGAUAUU